GCUGAGCCGGGUGGUGAGUUCUCCUGGCAGCGAGCAGCCUCGCCUCACGGACUCGCUGUCAUGCCGUGCCGCAAGGAGAGCUUCCUUCUGCUGGAGCAGUCGGUCACCGUGGGCUCCAAGGAGGUGGACACCUUGGUCGCCCGGAUAGGGGAAGCCCUGCAGCUCAACGCCCAGCGAGCCCCGGCUUCCUCGUGCCUCAGACCCCCGGCCCUUCCUCGGACAGCCCCCUGCUCCUGCGUGCGGGGCCGGGCCACGCCGUACUCCCUGUGCACCCCCCGGGGGGCCGCCAAGUGCUCCCACCAGAGCCUCAGGCCGCAGGACUGCGUGGGCCACAAGCAACUGUGCGGCCGGGGCUGGCUGCGGGGCGGCUGUAGGAAGCAUGGGCAGCAGGGAGCUCAGGGGGAGGAAGAGGAGGAGGAUCCCCAUCAGCUGCUGCAGGAACUGCUGCUCAAUGGGAACCUCAUCAAGGAGGCAGUGAGGAGGCUGCAGCUGGCCGGAGAGGGUCCUGAGCCCACCGAGACCCCCGUGCAGUGACUGACACCCAGGACCAACUAAUGCUCACAUUGGAGACCACACAGGGGGUCCAGGGGCUGAGGAGAAGGCCUGGAGACACCCCAGCAAAUC